CACAAAGUCAUCUGCUUCUCCUAAGGUUCACUGCAUAUCACUGUCCAGUGUGAGGCCAUGGAGUUAUCGCUGGUGAAUCUGGCGAGCGUGGAGAUCACAGACUUUGAAGAUCUUAGCCUUAAUGGACUGUUUCUCAACUAUAGUCACGAUACAUCAGAUAGCCUGGGCGGCUUUGUGUGUCCCGGUGCCUUAGAAAAUCAUCCAGAAGCCACACUGAAGAUUUUCCAGAAGUUCAUCAUUCCUGUGGUUUACUCAUUGGUGUUCUUGUUGGGGUCUUUGGGCAAUGGCCUUGUUCUCCUAAUUCUUCUGAGACACAAUCGCACACGUUCCACCACAGACAACUUCCUCCUGCACCUGGCCGUGGCUGACCUCCUCAUGCUCAUAACUUUUCCCUUUUCUGUGGUAGAGUCUGCCUACGGCUGGGUAUUUGGAAAUUUUAUGUGCAAAAUGGUAGGCGUCCUCAGUCGUCUCAAUUUCCUUUGUAGCAGUCUCUUGUUAGGAUGCAUAAGUGUGGAUCGAUACCUUGCAAUCAUCCAUGCUGUAUAUUCUUUCAGGGCACGAGGUGUACUUGCUGUACAUCUCCCCUGCGUUGGGGUAUGGAUUUUGUGCUUCCUUUUUUCAGUUCCCAGCCUGUUCUUCUUAGGGACAGUGAAUAAUGAAAAUAUGACUGAUUGCACUUAUCACCAGAGCCACUUCCCCAGCAAUGCCUGGUGGCAGGCAAAUAGAUUCCUCAAUCAUGUGGUGGGCUUCUUGUGUCCACUCUUUGUCAUGGGAUUCUGCUAUGCCAAUAUUGUGGCUGUCCUAUACAAGUCAAAGAGAAGAGAAAAGAGAAGGGCAGUGAAGGUGGCCAUUGUCAUCACUGGGGUCUUCUUCAUGUGCUGGACCCCAUACAAUGUUGUUGUUCUUCUGGAUACACUUGAUCAGUCCGGAUUACUUAAGAGCUGCAUGCUUCAGGAUCAUCUUCCCAUAGCAAUUUUACUUACAGAAAUCUUGGGAUCUGUACAUUGCUGCCUGAAUCCCAUUCUCUACGCCUUUGUUGGAGUAAAGUUCAGAAAUUAUGCACUCCAGGUCCUCCAACGUACAGGGUGCCUUAGUUCACUGGGCAAAAUUCACACACCAGACAGGAAAAGCAGCAUCAUGGACUCGGAGGCUGGAACAGUUUUAUCUAGCUUCUAGUUCCAAUGUUGAAUAUGGGAACAGCUGUACAUUUCAAUCUAAAAUCGUAUAAAAACAUACGUACUGCGUAUAAUCAUCAGAGUAUGUUUCUGUGAAUACGUUAUUGUGCGUUUGGCAGUCUCAGUAGAAAUGCACAGAUACGAGAAUGAGUUUGGCAAUGAGCACAUGUGAAUGAGUACAACUUAUUAGGGUCUAAAUUUGUUAAUGUUUUAGGGCACUUUGGAUAUAAAUGUCUGACGACUGCUAUGCAAAUUAAAUAUGACAUCUGCAGAAAACUUGCUUAGCUAUUCUCAAGAGCUCUGCAUUUAAUUUCAAAUAAGCUUGCAGUAAAGGCUUCUGCCGAGUACACCUUAUUAUAACCUAGUAAUAUUAUUGCA